UUAGUGGCAAACUUCGCAGUGUUUCUCAUAAUUGUACGGCUAUUACUUCCACUCUACUAAUGAUAAGUACACUGACCCCGCCUGUUCGUGUCAAAUCCCUCCUAGACUACUGCUGCCUCCACCACUCAGAGUCGUCUCCAUCACUCUACAGACCGAACUCAUGGAGUUUGGAAUCGCUAGUGCUAGUGGGCCUACGCGCUGCCACUACGGCGUACCGCCUUAGGACCAAGACGAGCAAAAGGAACUAUUAAAGGGAAAAUGGCGCUAAACUAGCAAAUGGCGCCAAUGCCGGUACCAAGUAGCUCUAUCGAUGGGCAGAGGGACCACCCUGGUACCAAACGGCACUAUGAAUCACUUACCCGGUCACCGCGAACUGGCUAGAGUAUGGCAGCAGGGAUGUUUCGGACUACCAUUGGACUGGACAUGGUGCUACACUUCGAUAGCAUGUUACAAGUCCUCACACACCAGAUCACCCUUUUCCCCACCAGUCUACCCCUUCACGACCACCCACCUCGAUCCAUCUCAGCCGUGCCCACGUGAUGGGGCGCUACACUCGCACGAGGCCCACGGGGCCUGUCUCGUGAGACUCAGGAAAAUAGAUCCACAUGGGCUACCCAGUUACAUGCAGGUAGGCCAUCCCAUUCAAACACCUCCACAGUGCAUGCCAGUGUCUACCAAGAACUGCGUCGCCCAGGCCAGGCUUCCCGAUCGGGGCUGGCCACGUGAAAUGCCCCAGUUAGCCAAGCACUAACUGCAGCCCCAAGCCCCGCAGCCCGCCCGUGCCCUCGCUAUCUAAUCAAUUUGUCACACGUGGGACAGUGCCACAAAAUCGCCUAAUACUAUCGGCUGCCAGCUGUACCACCCCCAAC